AUGAUGGCGCGCCUGCCAGAGCUGAAGUAUAAUCGGCCUCCGGAUCAUGAGGUGGAAUACAUGUUUGCUGACUUGAUGAACAAACGAGACAUGCUACAAGGACCCAGCGCGCCUUCUCAAGAUGCACUGAACAAUAUGCUUGACUUUCCCGUCGACAAGAAAUGGACGCUGGUGUACAACGACCUGCUCACAUCUCAAAAUCCGGAUAAAGAGAAAAACAGAAGGUUUAUCGGCGCAUCUCUCUCGUCUGCUCCGACUACGUCCACCUCCAUGGUAUUGGUGCGCAAUUCGCCUGAAUGGUAUAUUAAGAAAUUCAUGGACAAUUCUGUGACUACCAAGCACAUCGAAUCCCUAGCCGUGACACUACGUACAUGUGCUAUUGGAUGGCUUCAGAGCUUUGUCGAGGCUAAAGGUACUCAUGUUUUGUCAAGUUUCCUGGCUGCCAUUCAUACACGUCCUCAACCGACAGAACAAGAACUUGCCCAAGAAUAUGAGCUGCUGAAAGCUUUCCGCUCCCUGUUUAACAGCAAACCUGGUGCUCAUGAUGCACUUCGAAACCCUAAAUGUAUUAGUGGAAUCACACAUUCUCUUGUGUCACCACAACUAUCGACGCGCAAACAGGCUGCUGACAUUUUGCUUUUCCUAUGCCAUUGGGAAAAACCUAAAGGUCACCAACUUGUAUUGCAGGGCAUUGAUGACCUUCGUGAAUCUACACAGCAGCCAGGUCGAUUCGAUGCGUGGUUUCAAGCACUAGAAAGUGCCAUCGAUGGUCGUGGCCUCAUGGGUAGCUUGGUCGGCGCAAGUGAUGAAGUGCGGAAGCUCCAAAGAAGUGCUUUGCCUGAAGCUGGUUUGCCUGAAUAUGUUAUUAAUAACAUGUUCUUAAUUAAUGCGCUUGUGAACAGCGAUAUUGUGGAAUCAUUGCAAGCACGCUUACACCUCCGCAGCCAACUGUCAGCGAGUGGGUUGCCGCGUGUGAUUUCCAAGAUGCGGGCGUUGAUGACACCUGACCUUGAUACACAGUUGGAUGUAUUCGAGAAAGGGGAGGCGGCUGAUCAAGAAGAUAUGAUGUAUUCAUUUCAGCGUGUUGUUUCCCAAAACAUGUCGGAUCCGCAGGACGUUUUUCGGUUAAUUAUGGACCGUCUUAAAGACUCGCGAGCAAAAGAUUUCUUCGUGAGUGCUCUUCAACACCUACUCUUGAUUCAGCGCGAUGGCUCAGACCUCGUUCAUUACUACCAGCUCAUCGAUUCUAUUAUUUCGACUGUCGCGUUAGAUCGCGAAGGCGCUGCUUCUGGCAAGGAUAUGGAGGCUGUAAUGGGUAUUUCGUUGAAUAAUGUGCUUGGCCGCUUUGCUGACCAUGACUUGCUGCAACGUCUUCAGAGUGAACUAAAGGAAGCAAAUGCAGCACUCUUGUCCCGAGACCAAGAGCUAUUAGAAUUGAAGAAGCAAAUUCAAGCGUCUUCUGAUGGGUUGGUGGGCCAACUUCAAGAACAAGUUCAGUCUUUGCAACAUGAUCUAUCGCUCUCUCGAGAUAAUGCAUCUUCUCUACAAAGUGAUAUGGAUGAAAUGGAGCGAACGUAUGUGGACCGGAUUCUAGGCCUUGAGUUGGAAUUAAGGGAAACAACGACCUUACUGCAAGAAGCCCAAAAUGCUCGUGAGUCUGAUCCACGCUUUGCUGAGUUUGAUAGGCAAGUUUUACGAGACUCGUUGGAGCGACAAGUGGAAAGGAGUCGCACUAUCCGGAAGCUUGUGGCCAAUUCUACGACGGAGCCCAUUAUUGCGCUGGAUACAUCCCUGCCUCGACUUUCCGUUCCAAAGCGUCAGAAGCCAGUUUUACCCGCACGAUCACCGAGCCGCAAAGUCAGCGCUGAGACUGUCGCAAACAUUUCUUCGGAUGCGCCAGUUCGUAUCGGCCGUGUCGCUCUGGGCUUGAAUCCUUCUGCAACACCAUCGCCUGUCAUUCCUAACCCCGAAACAUUUGAGCCUCCUACUGCGGUCCUCGAUGAAAACAAUGAGUGGGGUUUACAGGCAGCUCUUGCGACACACAUGGCACAGGAUACAGAUAUGCAAGUGCGUAUGCGAGAAGUCCGUGCUUCCCGUUUACGGCGUCGUCAUGAUGAUGAUGCGGGCGGCUCCAACACUGCUGACUCGGGCGCAGUGACUUCGAGUCCUUCCCUUGCGGAAUCCCUUGUGUCAAAUAAGGAAUCAGACCAAAAUGCCCUUCCUGAUGCACAGGCCCAGGAUUGCAUCGUGAUGGAUUCGGCAGAUACUACUCCACGUGGGUCAAUUUAUGGCGAUCGUGAUGCACUCAUUCCCCAGCAAGAUGAAUUGCCACCUUUAGACAGCUUGUCUCCUACAGCUGGAGGGAUUUCACCCUUAGGCGAGCAUGGUGAAUGUCCCACUGAUGAAACAUCAUCACAGCAUAUUCCUAACACUACUUCGCCGAGCACUAAGCCCUCUGCUGCAUCAGCGACACUUGUGGAUUCUGCUUCCCUUUCUCAAAUCGAGGAUCGCUCAGAAGAAAUACCGUCUGUGUCUGAUCCCAAACCCAUGGAUCCCCAACCAAACGUAUCUUCUUCCUUGACUAACCUCAAUGAGGCUAUUGCACGACAAUCUGUGCCACCGCCACCGCCACCACCGCCACCACCUCCUCCGCCAGUGCCCUCGUCCAUCCAAACAACAGAUGCACUCGCUGCCAAUGGCACAGGACCACCACCACCCCCGCCGCCGCCGCCGCCGCCGCCGCCUCCACUAGGCACUGCCACCAGCAUGCCUGUUCCUUCCAUAUCUGGAUCACAGGGUGACAUACCACCUCCCCCUCCCCCUCCUCCUCCUGGUACCAUCGGCCCCCCAGGCGCUGUCAAUGGAGCUUUGCUAGCUGCUAUUAAGGACAAGGUUGCAACUCGCGGUGAUUCCACUACUCAAGAUUCGAACGGUGAAUCUGCGCCGAGUGCUAUCCGCACUUCUCUGCUGGGAAUACGGACGUCGUUUCAGUCGGAAUUGGGGCCUCCUGGGCCUAUGCAAGCUCCACCAGCGCCGCCAGGUGCCCUCCUAGGCAACAGCAAUAUGCGGAAGGGUGUGCUGGAUAUGGCUACAACACGAAUGAAACAACUGCAAUGGGACAAGCUUUCGGCUGAACAUGCCUCCAGUACGAUUUGGGGUAAGACACAAUCAAGUGAAUCAACACUGCGAGAAAUUAUUCUGCAACGUGGUGUUUUUGGUGAGAUGGAAGAGGAAUUCAAAGCCAAGGAAGUGUCGAAGAAGGUCAUGGCUACAAAGCGCGACAAGCAUGAGCUUCAGACGUAUUUGAACUACGCUACUCGCCAAGGUAUUGAAAUGGUAUUGAAGCGUGUCAAAGGCGAUCUUUCUGAGAGCAAGAUGUGCACACCAGAGGAACUCGCUCAUUAUAUCAUAAAAUGCGAUGCGCGUAUCUUCGACCAAAGUAUACUAACGGAGCUGCUUCGAUAUUACCCUGAAUCUGAAACGAAGGGGCGCUUGGGUGAAUUUAAGAAUGCAUCCGAUGAGCAGCUUCGCAAUUUGCAUCCGGCUGACCGAUUGGUGGUACUUCUUAUGACUGUCCCGCACUUGAAGGAUAAAGUCAAAGGCAUGCUGUACAAGACCAAAUACAAUGAUACUGUUGAUAUUAUUCGACAGGGCCUGUUGAAAAUCCAAGAAGGUUCUGAGACGAUCAUCAAUGCCCAGAAAUUCGCGCAGGUACUGAAUAUCAUCUUACUAUUCGGCAACUAUCUAAAUGCCACUGGUGUUAAGGGUGGCGCAUAUGGUUUCCGAAUUAGCAGCAUUAACAAGCUAGUCGAUACAAAGGCUUCAGAUGGAACGACACUACUUCAUUUUGUUGAGCGCACCAUCUCACGCUGCUUCCCUGAACUCGAUGAUUUCACUGACGAGCUAAGCAAAGCUACGGAGGCAUGCCGUAUACAAAUGCUUGACUUGAAGCACGACUUAGUUGAGCUAAAGUCAGCUAAUGUACAGCAUAAGAAAGACAUGGACCGCUUAUUAAGUGAAGACGAAUCCAAUGUUUCUGAGCCGUACUCCAAGCUCAUGCUACCAUUUUUGCGGCAGGCCACGGAGGAUCUACAGGGUCUGACGGAUCAAAUUCAAUAUACGGAACGUGUUUAUAAUGACGCUCUCCGCUUUUAUGGCGAAGGCCCUGACCCUAUGCGUCGGGGUUUUGCAGGCUCCAAAUCAAUGCCCACGGAAGAGUUCUUUGGCAUUUUUAAAGAGUUCCUCACUGCUUAUCGAAAAGCGAAAUCAGACAAUACCAAGCUUGCACAACAACGUGCCCUUGAAGCCGCACGCAGAGCUGCUGUGGAAGAACGUGAGAAAGAGAAGCGUGAAGCCAUGGCUAGACGUGAGGCAGGUGUGGAUGACAAUGCCGUACUGGAGUCAUUGUUAUCCACUUUGCGGUCAAGUGGUGGGACCCCACGUCAACGACGCAAGGAUCGACGACGUGGCAGGCAGUCCACAGUGGAUUUACGCACUCUACCUGAAGAUGUUCGCGAGUCUAUUCCCGAGAGUCCUUCUAGCAUCGCUGCCACUAUGCUUGCGAAAUUGCAAGGCGGCGAGAAACGCGGUGUACAGGGAGAAAUGACUUCGGCGGCCUUAGCCACGGUAGCUGCCCGCGCGGAUAGACGGCGCGAGCGUGAAGAGCGUAACAGUGCACCCAUUCUACAGGACUUACCCACCACCUCCCCACGUCUGAACAGUCAAACUUCCUCACCUUCCAUUCUUACUCCUCAAACGCCGCCUAUGGCACCCACAAUACCUCCAUCAACAACAACCCUUAGCCCGGGCCAGUCAGUUCGACAUAGUUCGGGCGAAGAGGAUCUAUCACCGCGAGAGACAGCUAACAGACUGUCAGAUUCGCUUUAUAUGACGCCAGAUGCAUCGAAGCGGGACAAGACGAUGCUGUCAUCUCCAACAUUACAAGCUUCCCCUACAUCAGAACCACCUAAUACUGUUGCGGUGAUGCAAACUGACACGGUUAAAGAAUUGUAG